AUGAGCAGUCCUGAGUUGCCCCCGGAGACCCCUGAGCCCGACCCCAACAGCGAGUCCACGCAGCCGACGUACAGCAACCUUGGUGAGAUCCGAGCCCACCUGCUACCUUCCAAGGCCUGCCGCCCCCGAACACCGGGGUCCCUCUCCACUGACCCGCAGCCCCCGCCAUUGCCCAAGAAGACUUUAACGAGAACCCAGUCCCUACCUAUCCAAGGGACUCCUGGCCCCAGCCCCACUCACGUCGGGAUGUCUCGGAAGCCCCUCUUGGGCUCCCUCAGUGUGGACAAGAGUCAGGAGGACAAGGCCAGGCCAGCCAGUCCCUCUGAAGAGCUGACCUUCAGCACCCCUGACUCUGAACUGGGCCACUUCUUCCAAGACCUGCACAACUCAGAGGCGGUCCACGCUGCUCUUGCUGUCCAGCAGCUAGCCAGUGUCAGUACUAUCCACGCCCGGCUCCGCGCCCGGUUCACAGGGGGCCGCCCUGGCCCCUGCAGCCCUGGUCACAACUUCCGCCUCCUGGACAACUCGCCCUACGUGGACAGCGGGGAUGCCCUCUACUAUCGUGUGGUGCAGGUGGACGAGGACUCCUGGCACAUCCUGGCCGCCAAGGUGCCCAAGCCAGGAGCCGUGGUCCCUAACGCCUGGGGCCUGGAGCUGCAGGCCUCGCUGCACCCCCACUUCAACCUUCAGAGCCUGUACGGCCUGGUGCCCGCGAGUGCCCUGCCCGCGGCGCCCUGGCAGGGCCCGGCGACGCUAGUGGUUGAAGUGCCCGAGCGCACAGUGGCCCAGUGGCUGGCGGAGGUCGCGGCGUCGAGACCCCCGGACUUCGCCCGGGCUGCAGCCCUGCUUUUGUUACAGCUGAGCGCCGCUCUGGAGCGCCUGGAGGCGUGGGGCGCGGCCUUGACAGAGCUACGUCCUGAGAACCUGCUGCUGGCGACGCCGCGGGGAUGCGCGGCCACCGGGCUCCCGCGCCUGCUACUCGCAGACUUCGGCCGCGUGCGCCCGCUGCCCACUGGGUCCCAGGGUGCGCACGCACUGCCGCUGAGCUGCCUGCUCAGAGCACUGCUGGGGCCCGGGGUAACGCCUACGGACACGCCCCCUGAUCUCGGCCCCACCCCGGGCACGCCCACAGACUCGCCCCUGGCGGCAGGCCUGGAGCACCUGGCUGCCCGGCUGCGGGUUCUGCGGCCUUCAGCGGCCGGGAUACGGGACGCACUGCGGGCGCUGCUCUGGGGGCCUGGGCCUGCGCUGCGCGGCCCCGGGACGCCGCUAGGGUCCUGGUUGCGGGUGCGCCGGGCGCUGCUGAUCCUGCGUCUGGCUGAGCAGGCGGCGGGCGGGGAGACCCCGGGCCUGGAGGACUGGUUGUGUUGUGAGUGCCUGGCUGAGGCCACCGAGAGCUCGCUGGCCCGCGCCCUGGCGCUGCUAUGGGACUGA